CAUAGGCAUCCACUAAAAUUAUUCACAAACUAUCUCCUUCUCGUGUUUUAAGCAGUACUCGUAUCUCUGAAUUAAAUGAUUCCACUGUAAGUUAUUCAUCUAAAGUAGGCAAACCAUCACGACAUCGAUUACGUGUUGUGUUAGACGAUGAUGAUGAUGAGGAGGGGGAUGGUGUUAGCGAUAAAGAAAAUGACUAUACAGAUCUUGUUGACACAUCCACUCUAAUGCCAUCUUCUAUUGCUCCAGUUGUAUCAACCGAAAUUCCACGUGUUGAAGAAUCUUCAUCAUCAGUUGAUGAUGAGGAGGAGGAAAGACUGUUCAAUUAUGAAUCAUCCGAACAGGAAUCUAACAGUGAUGUUGUUACAGAAGACGAAGCAGAAUCUAUUAUCAAUGAUGAUUCACCUAUGCGAAACAACUCUCAUCAUCGUCAGAAAAAUGACCUGAAACGUAACUUUAAACGACGUGCUUAUUCACCAAACGAAAAUCAUGAAGUCUCCAAAGAUUAUGAAUCUAAUAAUCCACAUGAACUGCCAUCUGUUGCAGAUGAUGAUGCAGUGGACAUGGAUGUAUUGGAGAAAUUACGUAAGAUUUCUAAAGGAGCAGCGAAACGUGUUGUCAAGAAUCCUCGUCCUAAACUUGAUCCUCAAAGAUUAUUGAGUAAUAAAGGUUUGCCAGCUUUAUUGGAAGAUUUCAAAAAGGUGAAAUUUCGUGGUAAGGGCUAUGAGUUUCAAGAUUUGAAUAGAUUGUUAUUUGUUUAUGAAGCAUGGAGUAAUCGUUUAGUACCUAGAAUGAGUUUUGAUGAAGUUAUAGAUCGUUUAGAAAAUGUUGGCAGUAAACGUGAAAUACGUGUUGCUUUACAUCGACUCCGUAAUGGUAUUUGGCCACCAUAUGCAAGUGAAGAACAAAUAGUACCAUCUGAUAAUGAAAGUACAUCAGAACAAGAAGAUCCAGAAUUAAUGUGGAAAAAAGCUUUAGAAUCUGUUCCAAAGGAUGAUACAUUAAAUUCUACCAAAUCUCCAUCUAAAAAUAUACAUGAAGAUUUUAGACAAGAAUGGAAUCAUAUCAAUAACACUGAAAAUUUAGCUGACAGUGUUAACAUACAGUCAUCACCACUACCACAAGCAUCUACUUCAGUUGAUAUUGAAUCAAGAGCUGAAAGAAAUAAACGUUUAGCGUUAGAACGACUUGCAGCACGAAAAAAUUCUUCUUCUGGAACAUUAAAGAUGUCUACAAGUCAUAUAUUAAAGAAUGCUUUAAAAGCAUCAGUUAUCAACACUCCUCUAUCGAAUAAUGCUGGUAUUACUAAAUUAUUUCAAAAUUCUCUUGUAAUGAAUGAGAAAUUGGAUACUUGUGUUUCUGGUGAUACACUCUAUUCGGAAAAUGUUGAUACUCCCUUUAGUAAUAAUAAUAAUAAUAAUAAUAAUAAUAAUAAUGUUACUACUACUGCCUUAACUCUAACACUUGACAACCAUGAAACUUCUACUCUAUGGGAAGAAGAAACUCCAGCUAGUCCGGACAAAUCACAAUCAAUUUUACAUGGAGAUAUGUCACCAGUUCAUGUAGAUGAAUCAAAUCUUAUUAUUGAUCUUAACUAGAUGUGUUAUUGUAUUUAAUGUACCAUUCCAACAAUUUAUAUUAUUUUUGUACAAAUAUUUAUUAUCUAUUGUUAAUUAUAGACGUAAUUUUCUUCUGAGGUUCAAGCCACUAUUUUUCAAGUUACUUUUUUCUACAUGAAUGGACGGUC